UGCAGACGUAAAGAAAGAACUGAAUGAUUUGAAGGAAAAACUCGACAUGGCAAUGGUGCAAUUGAGUCUAAUAAAAGAAAAACUGGAUAAUGCGACAGAGAAAAUUGGCCUAGACAAGGUUUUGUUGGAAGAAAAGGAGGAAAAACUAAGUGAGCUGACGGCGCAAUUGAACCUGAGAAAUGAGCCUUACAUAGCCGUGAAGAAAGAUGUGAAAAACGCAACGGAACAAUUAGGCCAAGAAGAUAAAAAGGAAGAACUGAAGGACCUGACGCAACAAUUAGAACAGAAAAAUGAAUUGAUGGACAACUUGAAGGAAAAACUGGAAAAUGCAACGGUGCAAAUUAACCAGGACAACGAAUUGGUUGAAGUCAUAAGGAAAAAACUGAAGAAUGUUAGGGCCCAACUGAUUCGGGAAAGAAAUUUGGUACUAAAUCUGAAGAACGAAAUUGCACAAAUAAACCGUACCAAAGAUGGAUGUGAAAAUGAACUCAGAGCCAUUCGUAAAAGUUAUGCUCAGCUGAGCGAUGAGUGCCAACCUUGUCCCAAAACUACGAAAAAUGAUGGGCCUGUCACCGAAAGAAUUAUUUAUUCGGGAUUACCGCCCGGGACCACAAAAUCACCUAAGAAGGGACCGGGACUUGAGCCGUUCCUGAUCAUCCCAGAGAGGCCUGAAGAUUGCUAUUCACGAAUCAAGGCACGAUGUCAGCGAGGUCGAGCAAGGGCCGCCAGCGGUGUGCAAGUGGUCAGCACGUCAUAGGUCUCUCGUCACGAGUGUCGGUCCUUUUCCCUUAGCCCAAUUUAUAGAUAGGGGGAUUGACGAAUUUAAUUAGCCCGUCGGAUAAGAAAAGAGUUGACUUCGUUUCCAUACCUAUGUCAUGAUUUUUCCUGACGAGAUUACGAUUGCUUUUUAUAAUUUUUGUGUACCGAUAUGUAACGACGUGAAUUUUCAGGCACCCACAGGGUAGAGCAGAGAGAGAAACUCAAGUAUCAAUCAAGGCAACGCCAGAGCCUCCCUCCCGCGAGCGCACAACCUGCUCACACACACACACACACACAUUCGCUCUCCUGACGACGCGUGAGCAAUAGGGCAAUUCUCUCGAUUGUCUCGCUCCGCCGCUCUUCCCUCAGGGUAGCCAAGCACGAACUGUUCGCCGCUAUCAUCAAUAAACUGGUGUGGUGUAGUAACCAGGACGCUUUUGUCCACCCCGCACCCUUUUUUAUGGCCCAUCGGCUGGAGAGUCCUGUCCAGAGCGAGCGCGAGUCCUCUCCGUUAGAGGUUUUUUUAAUAUCUGAGACUCUCCCUCCUCUCUGCCCUUUGGGCACUAAAAUAUUUUACAUUACAUAAUGUAACAUAAUAUAUCGGUACCAAUAUUAUUGAUCGUAAAACCCUGACAGACGAAAACUCUGCGCACUCUUUGAAUUUAUCCGUGAGUGAAAUUUCGUUAUCUAAAUGAUUUAUUAAUUUAAUUUUAAUGUAGGGCAGAAUCUUCCCGCAAGCUACUAUUGGAUUUCUUAGGCGCAGAAGGGAGGUUUUACUGGUCUGGAACAUGAAAACCUAUUCAGGAAUUCACUAACUUGAAAACUUGAUUAUUUCUCUCGUUGUAUCUUUAAAUAUUUGCAACCGAAAAAUUUGACUUGGAAGGAAGCUUGCAUGGAACUGAUGGAAAAUUUUAAACCAACCCCCUUGAACGACGUGUUUACGAAUAAAAUCACUGAUGAUAAAAAGG